AUGAAUGAGUACAAUAAGGGUUUUUGUGGUUUCGAGUACAAAGGGUGUGGGAUACACGGCGAUGGGCAACUGCACUCGGGCAUUAAUAGUGCGCUAGAGUCAUCCUUUUCCGAUAUUUUGAACCACGGGUACAGUUUUGACGAAUAUGCAAGAGUUUUAAGUCAGGAGCAUCAAGCGAAGUUGUUAAAUUCACGAAAACAAAGACCAAAAAAGUAUAAAUGUCCUCACUGUGACGUUGGUUUCUCUAAUAAUGGACAACUUAAGGGUCACAUUCGAAUACACACAGGUGAGCGACCUUUCCGGUGCGACGAGAAGAACUGCGGAAAGACAUUCACGAGAAACGAGGAGCUGACCCGACACAAACGCAUUCACAGUGGCCUUCGACCUUUUGCGUGCACUCACUGCGGCAAACGUUUCGGACGGAAAGACCACCUCAAGAAACACGCGCGCACACACUUUCAACCCCGAGAGGUUUAUGCCGUUCCCAUUGUAUUGCCGUUCGACGCUUGGACUCCUAAUCCUUAUAACUAUGUGCCGCUUUUCGGGUAUUAA